AUCGCAUCUUAAUGAUGCCCUUAAACGAAAGCUUAUGACAGUUAUUUGAGCGAACUUAUUGCCUAAAUACGAGAAUCAAUUGUACAGUGAAUAGAAAUUAGUCGAGCAAAAUGAAUAUAAGUGCCGGAUAUUCGAGUGACAGUCAAGACAAUGCAAUGAGUUCAAACAAUGCCACAGGCAUCAGCAUCACGGCCACUGCCCAGUUCGGAGUCACACACAUUCCCCAGCAGAGUCCGGCAUCUUCCAGUGAAAAUGACUCAGCAUCCUCAGCAGUAACACCUGGCAACACACCCUCUUCUACGUUGAGGCCACUGAGUAGCAUGCAAAGUGCAGCAGUGGGGUCCGUACAUCACUCGGGAAACGUGGUCUGCGCAACAGCUCCGGCCACGUCGAGUAGCACGAACAACAAUGCAGUCGCUUCUACAUCCUCAGAUCACAUCUUGUUUCCCCAACAUCACAACCUCUCAUCAACAGUCGUGCAUUCUUCUGCUCAUUCCGGUGCUGUUAUAUCUGGAGGAGGGGCGGGAGAUGUGAGCAUGCAUGGGGGUGGUCUGUUCGCUGAGAACUGGGGUCACACGCUGGUGAAGAUCAUCAAGUUCUCCUACAUGUGGACCAUCAGCAACUUCAGUUAUUGCCGCGAGGAGAUGGGGGAGACAUUGCGAAGCACAUCUUUUUCAACACCCCUCAAUGACAAAAUGAAGUGGUGUCUGCGGGUGAAUCCGAAGGGACUGGACGAGGAGUCGAAAGAGUAUCUGAGUCUGUAUCUCUAUCUGGUGGCAUGCAACAAGAACGAGAUCAGAGCCAAGUUCAAGUUCUCCAUCCUCAAUGGAAAAGGAGAGGAGACCAAGGCCAUGGAGAGCCAGAGGGCGUACAGAUUUGUGCAGGGGAAGGACUGGGGCUUCAAGAAAUUCAUCAGACGGGAUUUCCUGUUAGACGAGAUCAACGGACUAAUUUGCGAUGACAAACUCACCAUUUACUGCGAGGUGAGUGUGGUGAUGGACUCUCUGAGCUUCGGAGGCACUACCAACCCGGCUGCCCAGAGGAUCCCAGAGUGCAGACUGAGUCAGGACAUGGGGUCUCUUCUGGAACAGGGUGUCCUCACAGACGUCGUGUUGGCUGUGGGGCCGAACCAGGAAGUAUCGGCCCACAAAGCGAUUCUAGCAGCGCGAAGUCGAGUGUUCAGUGCAAUGUUUUCCUCCAAUAUGGAAGAACAGCAGAAGGGUCGCGUGGAGAUUCUAGACGUAGACUUUCCUGUUCUGAAGGAGAUGCUUCAUUAUAUCUACACGGGCAGUGCACCCAACAUCGACAGUAUGGCAGAAGCACUCAUAGCCGCAGCAGACAAAUAUGACUUGCAGAGGUUAAAAUACAUGUGUCAAGACACGUUGUGUGCCAACCUGAACGUAGAAAAUGCGGCCAAUGUGCUCAUGCUUGCCGACAUGCACAAUGCGGAAGAACUGAAAACAGCAGCAAUCGACUUCCUUAACUUCAGACCCCACGAAGUGAUGGAAACAGAUUCGUGGAAGAACCUGCUGAGCAGUAGGCCCUCCCUCAUUUCAGAGGCUUACAAGGCCUUAGCCUUAGUCCAUUCACCAGGGUCGCCGCCGAGGAAGAAACCCAAAAUUAUAACUACUGCUCCUUCCAAUUCUUACAACAACGCCCCCAGCUCAACCCCGAUUUGAGGACAUUUUUGAACGUCCUUUUAACGCCAUUCUCGCAAGCUCAGAGUCUCAUUGAGCUGAGUCAAAAGAAGAUGUUGCGAAGUGUUUCCUGCCUUAAGUGUUCAAACAUUACUCUGAUUAGUUCGAUUAAAUUGAAGUGUUAAUGAGCGAAAUGGUUUG